AUGGCUCAACUAGCAUCUCCUCAUGCACUCUACAUAUCAGAGAUAUUGUUCGCCAUCUCAUAUCACCUCGCAGAUGACAAGAAAACGCUAGCGCGUCUUGCUCGCUGUUGUCAUGCAUUUUCGGAACCUGCUCUCAGUGUUCUAUGGUCUUCGGUGCGAUCUUUUUCGCCAUUCAUUCCCCUUCUGCCGCCGACCGUGAAGUUAUUAUGGGACCACGGUCAAUUUGACGAAGUAACCCUUGCCGAGUUUCAGUGCCCCCCUGAAGAAGAAUGGAGGGUAUUUGACAGUUACGCCCGCAGAGUACGCAGGCUAAACUCUGGAUCGUGUCACCAAACAGUGGCCCGCAUACGCUCCGGAACCACUUCAUUUCCUUUGCUACGAUCUCUGUCUCUUCAGCUCGCCGAGCCCCUUGAUGUGCAAGGGCACCUUUUCUCGGACUCGUUACGCUCUCUGAAGAUAUCUGGACCUGCAUAUGUGCAUUGCAAAGAUGACCGUGUCCAAAUGGCCAUCGCCCAGGUAGCUCGCGAUGCGCCAUUGGUGGAAUAUCUUCAUAUAGAAGAUUAUACAUAUUCUGUUGCGCAAUCAUCACUACCACCUCUCAAUUUUGCCCAUCUCCGAGCUGUCGAAAUAUCUGCAUUUUUCGAUUACAGCCUCCUACAAUCUCUUUGCCACAUCCUUUCCGAAGCACCUGUGACACAACUCAAAGUCGAGCUCCCACCCCUCCCAAAUAAGGAGUGGAAUAUCUCAACUCCUGUCUUUCCUGCUCUGACAUCAUUGCAAAUUUGUGGCAAUCCAGCUUCUGCCGAACGAUUCGUAUUCCAUCUUACCAGCGUGGGUCUUCAGGAGCUUAGCAUCCACCACACAAGAGGACCCGCGAGCGCCGCGGAUUACCGCCAACUUCUUUCGCUUGUUGCGGAUAAAUACAGCGACACUCUUCAGCAACUCUCGCUAUCACUCAGUCAGUCACCCACCCCGAACUACCCAUACGAUCUUUCCCAAGCAGUUCUCGAUGACUUUUACGCGCUCGCACCGCGUUUCAGUCGACUAGAGACUCUCCACCUCUCGUUGCCGCACAAUCGCUACGUUCAUCUAGCGCCUGAGCCGACAGUCGAGUCUCCUACAUGGCCAUCUCUCAAGCUUUUGGACUUUUAA